GCUUUGUGGCCACAGCUUGUCUAUGGGGGAAAAAGGCAAUGUGCAUUGUUGAAUGACAAAGGAAAUGGGGCGGAAAAUUAAAGAAUCUUUCUACAAUGGUGAUGGGGAUGCGGGCACCCACAGCUGUGAUGUGAAAUCCAAAGAGGGAGGAGAGCUCAUGACUCUAGGGCUAUUUCCACUCCCCCUUUCCCCUUACAAAAUUCCAUUUCUGCCUCUUUUCUUAGUUCAUCCUCCACUAGGGAGGAAAUAUUAGCUUCUUUGUCAUCUGGUUAUUGAUGAAGCGGGCAAAUUGAGAAAUACUGAUUGCAGUCUUUCUUAACAGAAAAAAUUCAGAUUCCAAUUUGCUUCCCCAGAUAUUGUGUCUGGACCUGAGUUGUGAACGUCUCCAUAUGUAGAUACAGGUAUUUUUAAUGCUGUUGUGACUUUGUUUUGCACGAACUUGACAUUGUGUUUGCAGGAUUGCAGUGCUCCCAAGGAAAUGAAUAAACAGCCAGCCAACAGCCCGGAGGCGGCGGCGGCGCAGGGCCAUCCGGAUGGCCCAUGUGCUCCCAGGACGAGCCCGGAGCAGGAGCUUCCCGCGGCUGCUGCCCCGCCGCCGCCACGUGUGCCCAGGUCCGCUUCCACCGGCGCCCAAACUUUCCAGUCAGCGGACGCGCGAGCCUGCGAGGCUGAGCAGCCAGGAGUGGGGUCUUGCAAACUCAGUAGCCCGCGGGCGCAGGCGGCCUCAGCAGCUCUGCGGGACUUGAGAGAGGCGCAAGGCGCGCAGGCCGUCCCCCUUCCUGGGAGCUCCGGGCCCAGCAACGCGCUGCACUGUAAGAUCCAUGCUCUGCGAGGCCCGGAGGGGGAUGCGAACGUGAGUGUGGGCAAGGGCACCCUGGAGCGGAACAAUACCCCUGCCGUGGGCUGGGUGAACAUGAGCCAGAGCACCGUGGUGCUGGGCACGGAUGGAAUCACGUCCGUGCUCCCGGGCAGCGUGGCCACCGUUGCCACCCAGGUAAGCGGUUGCAUUCGGCCCGCACAGUGUCCUGCUCUCCAGCUGCGCGAGAGAGGCCAGCCGGGCCGUGGCGGGUGCACGUGUGCUGAUGGGGAAACCGGUUGGCAGUGCCAGGUGAUGGAUGCGGGAGGCGGCUUUGGGGCUUCGGAAGCUCGCACUGCGCUGGGGUCGGCAGUUCAGGGCGCGAGGGCUGCAGUGACCCUGCCAGAGGGGCCACGACCUGCCCCUUCCCAGCCUUGGCUGUAGUGGGAAUCCAGGU